AUUAUUGUAUGGCAACACUAUAAAAACUGGAUUGGCGAGGAAGGGGUAAGCGGAACCUGGAACGGAGAAUAGCUGGGAGCUCACUUUUGAUCGGGACGAGCUGAUGGAAGGACAUCAGAGGCAACUAAGGGUCGACCUGCCGGAAGGAGCCAUAAUAUCUCAGAAGUGCUCAGAUCUUCACGCUCAUAACCGUCGGUCUACAAAUUUAAAGACAUGUCGGACAAUAGUGAAGCUGGGCCGAGUGGUCUUCAGUUAGCAAUAGGAAGGAAGAGGAUCUUAAAUAUGCCAUCUUCGUCAGAUGAAGAUGAACCACCCACUAUACGUAGACGAAUACAGAAUGAUAUAAUAGAAUCGAGUGGCAGCAGCGUUACAACUACGAAUCGAACCAUGAUCGAUGCUACAGAUUUUAUCAAUGCACUAACAGGACGUACCAAGCCCGUCUUUAGUAUGCAACAUAUGUUGAAUGCUAUACCUGAGUUUGAUCCCGACAGUCGCGCACAAAAUAUAGAUAUUUGGUUGCGAAAAGUAAACGAGUGCGCUCUGAUUUACGAGUGGACUGAUCGCCAGACAUCACACUGUGCCACCCAAAGAUUAAGGGGCACCGCCAAGAGUUGGUACAGCUCCCAGCCCAGUUUAGAUUUUACGUGGAUAGAAUGGCAACAGAAACUUAGACGUGCAUUUCCCGUUGAUGAUAAUUUCGCUCUGAUGCUCGAGGAGAUGUUUGGUAGAAAGACGGACCCAGAAGAAAGUUUACGGUCGUAUUUUUACGACAAGCUUAUGCUAUUGACCCGGUGUGGAAUAACAGGAAAACAAGCCGUCGAUUGUCUUAUUCACGGAAUAACGAAUAUUUCUCUGAGGAAUAGUGCCACAGCUUUGAAGUGUCAAGAGCCGGAAGAUCUUUUACACUACUUUGUAUUACAGCAGCCUCAAGGUGUUUUAAUAUCACAAACACAAAGAAAGAGGGGAUAUACUACUAGAUUUGACAACUUCAUCUCACUCAAGAAAGCUAAAUGCUACUAUUGUGGUAGCGAAGGACAUAUGACGAAUAAGUGUUUUAAGAGGAAUAGAAUAGAAUCAACAGAUACUAAAAACAAGGCGUGUUUCAACUGUAAUCAAGAAGGGCAUCUGGUUGCUAACUGUCCGAAGGCCGUGAAUAAAUGUAAAAUUUGCUUCAAAUUGGGACACACUGAAGAAAACUGUUAUCGAAAUCGUUAUGCGCCCAAAAAUGAUAACGUUAGAACAGAAAGAGUUCUACACGUCUCCAGUGAUCGUGAGAGAAAUAAUGAUAAAUUUGUAAAACAAUGCGAUAUUGAUAAUAAAUCAUUUCAAUCAUAUAUUGACUUUGGUAGUGAGUGCUCAUUAAUACAGUGUAAAAUUGCUAAAUCAUUACAGCUAAAAAAAAACCUAUCUUGAUUUGCCUGUUAUAAAGGGUUUUGGAAACGGUCGUGUUUUACCGCUUUUUAAAUCUGAGGUUAUGAUUUCUAUUGACGACGUCGAUACACGUAUCGAAGUUUACGCUGUAUACGACGACCUUUUACAACACCCUUUACUCAUUGGUCAGAAUUUUACAGAGCUUCCCAAUGUUACAGUGUUGAAAAACUGCAAGAAGCUGAUAUUUUAUAAAUCACCUCUGCCUGAAUUAAAUGCACCAAAACUUACGUUGGCUCUAUCCGAGGAAGUUGUUUUGACAGGUUCUCACUUGGUACCCGUAGUUAGUAAUCGAGAUUAUACUGGUGACAUAUAUGUUGAGGGCCAGAAUAGAAACGAACCCGGAAAGGAGUAUUAUGUGCACCAAGGCGCGUAUAAUGUGGUAAAUGGCAAGGGUAAUAUAUUGGUAUGGUAGGUCCAAAGAACCCUUUUGUCUUAGGCAAAACACUAUAUUAUCUAGGGCUAUAAUCUUUACAGAAACGAACGAAAUAAAUGUUAGACGUAUAAAUGAAAAUAAAGCGGUGCCUCCAAUCAAAAUUGAGGACAUUAAAGUAGGAACAAAUUUAAGUCCUGAUGAUUUAGAGAAACUGCACAGUUUGCUCCAAAAAUAUCGCGAUGGUUUUGCCAUGUCUUUGGAUAAAAUAGGUUGUGUUUCACAAGAAUUUCAAAUGAACAUUAAAUUAACUGAUGAUAAACCCGUUGUGUACAGACCAUAUCGCUUGUCACAUUCGGAAUGAGCCAAAGUUAGAGAGAUGAUUAAUGAACUAAAGGAUAAUGACAUUAUACGCGAUUCUAACUCUGAUUAUGCUAGUCCUAUUUUAAUGGUUAAAAAGAAGACUGGCGAACAAAGGCUAUGUGUCGACUUUCGAGCACUGAACAGUAAAACUGUUA